AUGUCUCGACCAACAGUUGCCAUGAUAAACAGACCAGGUUUUUCCGUUUCUCUGAUCCUUUCUGUUGUAUACUCACUUCUUUUCUCUACCUCUGCUAACAGAACAGAGCAAUGGGACGCGUAUAACUACAGUCCAGCAACGCGAAACAUCAAGCCUGCUACUAUACAUUCACAGUCCGGCAACAUCACAGCUUCGCUCGACAAGAAGGGAACUUACUAUUUAGGCCCCGGGAGCCGGGUCAGCCUCGACUUCGGUAUCGAGGUCGGAGGAUGGAUCAGCUUCAACGCCGACAGGGGUUCCAACACGAACACCUCCGCCUCAUACAUUUCCCUCGCUUUCGCGGAGUCUCCAGCCUUUGUAGGCUCCAUCUCCGACGACACCGGAGCAACACCAACUCAAGACUGGGAUCAAGCACCGAAUGAUACUCUACCCCAAGGCUCGUCUUUCUACACUACCCCCAUAGAAAGGUUCCGUGGAGGCUUCCGAUUUCUUACCAUUAAUUCUUUCACACACGUUUCAAUUUCCAACAUAACAUGCACAAUCGGCUUCGCGCCCAACACGCCAAAUCUUCGCGCAUACGAUGGCCAUUUCUAUACACCUGACGAUGAGCUCCUGGUCCGGACCUGGUAUGCAGGCGCAUAUACAGUGCAAACCAACAUUGCGCCCAAGGACACCGGACGCUGGCUACCGCAAGUCAGACCCGGGUGGGCGUACAACAACAGCAUUGGCAUCACAGGGCCUCUCCUGGUCGACGGCGCAAAGAGAGACCGAGCAAUCUGGCCUGGCGAUUUGGGGAUCCAAGGCACGACAGCGUUUCUUGCACUCGGUCACGACGGUCUAGAGUCUGUUUACAAUGCUCUGGACACGCUCUUCUACUAUCAGAAUGCUACCACGGGACGAUUUCCGUUUGCAGGGCCGGCGACGGGAAGCUUUCGGAACGGAGCGCAGAGUGAUACGUAUCAUGCGUGGAGUAUGAUUGCUAUGUUCAACUACGCGAUCUGGACGAGCGAUCAGGCCUGGUUGGAGACGCACUGGGGGAACAUCACACACGGGCUAAACUUCAUACUAAGUGGUCUGGGUAACGAAGUUGGGCUGCACGAGCAGACGAGACCUAAUGACUGGGCGCGUCAAGGUGGCGGGGGGUAUAACAGCGCGCUGAAUGCACUGGACUAUCACGCUCUAGCUUCUUUUGCUGGUCUUGCAAACGGCUUGGCCAAGGCAACUAGCGCGCCAUUCAGAGCGAAUGCCUCAUUACAGGAACAGAGUGCGCAGUGGAGUACUGCAGCUGCGCGCCUUAAAACAGCUUUCAACCACCUGCUUUGGGAUGAGUCCGCGUCGCUGUACAGAGACAACGGAACAACAACCCUACAUCCACAAGACGGCAACGCCCUCGCUCUCCUCUACAACCUCACCACCACCCUCACGCAAUCCUCCGCCCUCUCACGCGCCCUAACCUCCUUCCACGGCCCCAUCGGACCCCUAACCCCGGAACUCCCAGACACCAUCAGCCCCUUCAUAAGCAGCAUCGAAGUGCUCUCCCACUUCGCCGCAGCCCGUCCAUCUCGCGCACUCGCACUCACACGCUCGCUGUGGGGCUACCUCCUCGACAGUCCGCUGAUGACGGGGAGUACGCUGGCCGAGGGCCUCAGCGCAAACGGCUCGCUGUACUACCGUGGCAGCGCGGGCUACAAGAACGACGCCGCUUACACGUCUCUCUCGCACGGAUGGUCUAGCGGGCCGACUGUGGCGCUUACGUCGCAUGUUGGCGGGCUGGAAAUCGUUGCGUGGCGCUCGUGGCGGUUUCGCCCGCAGAGUGAUGGGAGGGUUAGGCGGGUGCAGACGGGGUUUGCGAGUCCGAUGGGGGCGUUUGGGGUUGAGUGGGAUAUUACCGGUGGGGUGAACGGGAGUAGAGCGUUUGAUUUUGAGGCAAAGGUCACAGCUGCACAGGGCACGGCGGGGACGGUUGAGUUGGUUUGGGUGUGUGAAAAGAUCGAGGUAGAUGAGAAGGUGUACGGCGGGGGUAUGUUGGAAGGGGGCCGAGAGCGGAACGUCAGAGCGUUUGGAUGUGUAUGGGACGAUGAAGAUGAGUAA